AUGCUUAGCGAACCGACGGAAGAGACAGUGCCAUUGCAUACUAAUGGAAUUGCGUCGUCGUCCGAAACCGGCGAGGUAAUUACACCCGCGAUAGAAAAGUUGCACAUGCAUUGGUCGUCACACAUGGAUCAGUACAGCAUCUUUUCGCACCCGUCAAACCAAUCGGCUUUGCCGUACCUGAUAUCUUCUCAACCACGCAUUGCGCAGCCUUCGCCAUGGCCCGCAGCGCAGGGCGGCGCGAGCUACGCACAAUCAGAACCCGCCGCAAAGAUAGCACGAGAAACACGUCCUCUUCCGCGCGAUGUGGUCGCGAGAGGGGGAUGGAAGCUCGAUGAUCAUGCGUAUGGCCGUGAUCCGAACUGGCGCGAAGAGCAGAUUUCCUUUUUGCACACUGCCGAACGGCCAGAGUCGAGUCGGCAAGCUGCGAUCAAACCCGCACACUACGCGGACAGGGCAGAAGCGCAGCGUACAGCAUCUGUGCAUCACGCUGCAAAUGCACCGAAAGAUGCAAAAGAGCGCACUGGAACUGGUGCGGAACACAUUGACCAAGGCCUUGUCCAGCGCGUCGUUCCUGCCGAGCUCCGCGCCUAUUUCGCUCCACCAAGCACGAGCAACCAGCCCCACUUGGACGCAUUUCGCGAACGGAAACACAAGUUGGAGCGCGAUGCAGCACAAGGUGAUGCAGCGGCACUUGCCGAGAUUGCCGAGGCGCGGGGAGCAAAGCGCAAAGCCGGCUCACAAGGCCUGCUCUCGGAUGCAGAAAAGAAGGCGAAUCACAUUGCCUCGGAGCAGAAACGCCGCGCGAAUAUUCGCAAAGGAUACGACAUGCUGAGCGAAGUGAUUCCUACCCUCGUAAAAUCGCAAGAAGACAACAGCGGCGUAGCUAAUCUCAAGGAUCACGAAGGCAAGAUUAGCACACACGGCGAGAUCACAAUUUUGGAAGAGGCGGUCGAUUAUUUGAACGAGCGGCUUUUGGAACACCAACAUCUUCUAAAGCGCAAGGCAGAGAUCCAGCUGUAUUUGCUAUCAAAGUACAGCGAAAAGAAUAGGUAG